CCCGUAGCGCCAGGCGCGUUGCCGAGGCAGCGGGCGGCGAUGUGGCUGCUGAGGGGUCGCAGCCCGGAGCGCCGGGCGGAGCGGCGGGAGCUGGAGGAGCGGAACCGGCAGCAGUGGGAGCGCACCAGCCGCUCCUUCGCCCGCGCCGCCGUGUGCUGCUCCCGGCAGGCGCGCUGGAGCGAGCCCCGCGUUCCCCCGCGCAGCGCGGUGGCGGAGCGGCGGGAGCGGCUGGAGGAGCGGCGGGAGCGGCUGCGGCGGCUGCUGCGCGAGGAGCGGGAGGCGCUGUCGGCGGAGCUGCGGGAGCGGCGGCGGGGCGGGAUGCGGAGCGAGGAGCCACGGGGCGGGAUGCGGAGCGAGGAGCCACGGGGCGGGAUGCGGAGCGAGGAGCCGCGGGGCGGGAUGCGGAGCGAGGAGCCGCGGGGCAGCCGCGAGGAGCGCGGGACGAAGGUUGCUGAGAGGCUGCUGCAAGAGCACUGGAAGGAAAACAACACAGAGCUCCAGGAGGCGGAGUCACAGCUGCAUAAGAAGCACGUGAUAGAGGCCUGGGGUGAUCAGCUAACAAAUAAAAACAAGGAAGAGGUGACUGAACUGGAAGAGAAGAAAUGUUAUGAAAACAAGUACGAAAUGGCACGAAGGGAAGAGCUGGAAAGGGUGAGACAAGAGGAAGAGAAGCAUCAGCUGGAGAAGAAGAAUCAAGCAGAGAUGUUGCUGCAGCAGAUAGAAGAACUGAAAUUGCAGGAGGCAGAGACAAAAAAGCUGAAAAAAGAAAGAGAGAAUUUAUUAAAGCAGCAGUGGGAGCUGGAGAACUUGGAAGAAGAGAGGAAACAAAUGGAAGAGCACCGAAGGCAGAAAGAGCUUGGUCGCUUUUUGAGGCAUCAGUGUGGUGCCCAGUUAAAGAGACGAGCGCAGCAGAUACAGGAGGAGCUGGAGACAGACAGGCAAAUCUUAUCAGCCCUCCUCGAGAGAGAAAAUGAGAAUCAUCUCUGGCAGUUGGGGUGUCGGGAACAGGCGGUGGCAGACGUGGCCUGGAUGAAGCGUGUCAUCGAGGAACAGCUCCAGCUGGAAAAGGAGAGGGAGGCAGAGCUAGAGACUCUUUUUACGGAAGAAGCUAAAAAAGUGUGGGAGAUGAUGAAAGAAGAAUGGGAAAGGGAGAAGGUGGCCAGAGAUCGCCUGAUGAAUGAGGUCUUUGCAGGCAGACAGCGCCAGAUCCAAGAGAAAAUCAAGUUAAACAGACGUGCGCAGGAAGAGACCCUGAAGUAUCGAGAGCAGCUGAUCAGAGAACUUGAAGAGGCAAAGGAACUCAGUCGGAGGGAGAAGGAGCAGGAGGAGGAACUGAAGACAGACCACAGGCAGGAGCUGGAGGCACAGGGGACAGAGCGCCGUUGGCAAGAGGAGGAAGAGCAGUGGAGGGAGGAGGAAAAAGAGGAGAGAUGGGCCCGGCAGCGCCACAAGGAGCUCGUGCAGCGGGAGGGCGAGCGCAGGGUCUACAGUUACCCAAAGGCACCAUGGACCUGAGGAACGAGCACUGAAUGCAGCUCCAGACUACAGAAAGAGAACUUUGAAGACUCAAGGAACUCCUGAAACAAUGGUGGCUCUGGGACAGGCUACAGUAGAUUUGUGAAAAUAUUUAGCUGUGGCCCAGCUGAACAAGAGCAAAUUUCUACUGCCUUCAAGAAUGUGGGGGUGUGAGCACCCUCAGAGAACUGGAGUUGUGCUGGUAUGUUUUAGUAAGAGCUGGGCUGUGGCAACAUAGCAAAUAAUGGGGCCCUGUGGAUCUCAGCCAUGAAAGAAUACAAGGAAGGGGAGCUGCAAACCAGGAUGUGCUCUGUCAGGCUCCCACCUCUGAGAAUCAGGAUGUGCCUGAGUGCCCAGCUGGCUUUUAGGAGAUAAUUCAUAAUGCACUUUGCACAUCAGUCAGAUAAUGUAUGCUGUGGCACCAGUUCUUAAUUUGUCCAAUUCCUCUCCAGAAGGUGCUGAAGACUUCAUUAAAUGUUGUUUUUCACUACAGUAAUAAAGAGCGAAUGAAACUUGA